GGCGGAGCCGGGCGGAGGCGUGGCUUGGCGUGGUGCGUCACUUCCGUUGUCAGGUGGCCGCCGCUGGGAGCGGAGCGGAGCGAGCCGGGGAGGGGGCCGAAGCGGGCCUGGGCUGCGGCAGGGGAUCCCUCCGGCCGGGCCCGGGGGUCAUGGAGUCCCCGACCUUUCGAUCCUCCAGCCGUCUCCAGAGUGAUGCCUGCUGUUUCCUGAGGCAUUGGAAAACCUAGUUUGGAAGAAGAAUAAAGAUAUGGUUGAUGCUGAACUACAACAGCUGAGGAUGAAGCGGCGAGCAUCAGACAGAGGAGCUGGGGAAACAUCCGCUAAGGCAAAGGCUCUUUGUACAGGGAUUUCUGGAAGUAAUGCCAAGAGAGCAGGCCCUUUCAUCCUAGGUCCACGUUUAGGUAACUCCCCGGUGCCAAGUAUUGUUCAGUGUUUGGCAAGAAAGGAUGGGACAGAUGACUUCUAUCAACUAAAGAUCCUUACCUUAGAGGAAAGGGGUGACAAAGGAACAGAAACCCAGGAGGAGCGACAGGGCAAGAUGCUGCUGCACACAGAGUACUCUCUCCUUUCCCUUCUGCACAAUCAGGAUGGAGUGGUUCACCAUCAUGGGCUCUUUCAGGACCGAACUUGUGAAAUCAUAGAAGAUCUGGAAACCAACAGAAUGGUCAGGAAGAUGAGGAAGCGCAUUUGCCUUGUUUUAGACUGUCUCUGUGCUCACGAUUUCAGUGACAAGACAGCAGAUUUAAUCAACUUGCAGCAUUAUGUCAUUAAAGAGAAGAGACUCAGCGAACGGGAGACUGUUGUUAUAUUCUACGAUGUGGUACGAGUGGUGGAAGCAUUACACAAGAAAAAUAUUGUGCACAGAGACUUGAAACUAGGAAACAUGGUGCUAAACAAAAGGACUCACCGAAUAACCAUAACAAACUUCUGUCUUGGAAAGCACCUAGUGAGCGAAGACGACCUGCUGAAGGAUCAGCGAGGGAGCCCCGCCUACAUCAGCCCAGACGUUCUCAGUGCCAAAGUGCAGCCGGCUCCUGCCGCCACAGCGCAGCCCCAGAUCCUGCAUCAGCCAGGCGGCCCCGUGGCCCCCCAGCGCCCCUCGGUGCACGUUGCCCUUCGGCCUGGCGCGAGCCCGUGUGCCACGAUGGAGACACGCAAGCGGGAGAUGGAGCUGCUGAGCAACAGCAUGGCCGCCUACGCCCACAUCCGAGACAAUCCUGAGAGUUUUGGCCUCUAUUUUGUCCUGGGCGUCUGCUUCGGCCUGGUGUUAACCCUCUGCUUGCUGGUGAUCCGCAUCUCCUGCCAGCCGCACACCCGCCGCCUCCCUGCCAAGCCCCGGCGGAGCCUCCGGGACGUCAGCGAGGACGACGAAGAGGAGGAGGAGGAGGAGGAGGAGGAGGAGGAGGAGACGGUUGACCACGUGGCGGCGGAGUCCCCGCUGCCCAUCACCGAGAUCCCCCUGGAGAACCACAGCCCGGCAGAUGGCACCUUGCCUGUCAACGUCUUUGCCUCGGCGGAGGAGCUAGAGCGGGCGCAACGGCUGGAGGAACGGGAGCGCAUCAUCCGGGAGAUCUGGCGCAACGGCCAGCCGGACAUCCUGGGCGCGGGCACCGUGGGCAGAGUGCACUACUACUGACUGCGGGCACGGGGCCAGGCCGCCCAGCUCCCGGAGCGAGCCUGCGAGGGCCCCCCCCGUGCACGCGCUGCUCUUGGGCACCCUUUCCGGGAGUGCCUGUGAGCCUGGAGAUGUUCCACAGCCCUUUGCGUAGCCCCUGGGCACUGUGUCUGUGUGCGAGCUGGGCGGGGCUCGGCCCCCCUGAAACGCCCCGUUAGCUGGGGCCAACCAUGCAUGGCAUUUCUUACUGGCUGAGUGGGGGCGCCAAGCUCUGCCGAGCAGCAAGCUCCUUGAGGAGCUGCUCCCGUUAACUGGCUGCUCAGGACCCCGCGAACGGCGCAGGAAGGGUCGCUCUCAUCGCUGGCGACGGGGAUCCCCCCGCUUCCUGCAGGAGCUCCCUGCCCCCACCUGAUCAGGGGCACCGCGCAUGCCCUGCCAGGCUGGCUUCCCACCCUCAGCGAACCGAGUGCAUGGGACGGCAGCAAGGCGAGCGCUGACUGCCCGGCAAGUCCAGGCCCUGGAAAGGCGCCUCCUGCCGGGGCAUGGAUGGACUGGGGCUUAGCCAAACCUGGCCACCCUCAUGGACGGACACUCCCAGAACUGGCCACCGGGGGUGGGGGCUUUGCCCCUUCCUCUGAAACACCUGGUACUGGCUGGUGUUGGAGGGACAAUGCAGUCCCCCCCAGUCCAGCCCCCCAUGUAGUGCAGAGUGCUAGGUAAGGGAGAGCUUAAAGGCGAGGGGCAGCGCGAUCGUUCUUGGUCUGUUAGCAGUAGUUCCUGGGGUGCGCGUGUCACUGAGUGUGGGGAGUCAGGGCCCUGCACCCCCAACUUCCUGCAAUUCACUGGGACUCUCAGCCAGCCAGUAAAACAGAAGGUUUAUUAGAUGACAGGAACACAGUCUAAAAGAGAGCUUGUAGGUACAGAAAACAGGAAACCCCCCUCCCCAGCUAGCUCCAAACCGAAACCCCCUCCAGCUGUCUCACCCAACCACACACCCCGGCUCCUCCGCCAGCCUUUGUCCAGUUGCCUGGGCAGAAGGUGUCACCUGGCCCCGACCCCCUCCUGGGCUCAGAUUAUGAGGGGCAGCUGCCAUCCUUUAUGUGCUGGCUGUCCAGUAUCAUCCCUCAGUGAAGUCACACCCUUAUUUCCCAUCCCCAUCUAGCAUCACUGCAGACAUUAAACUAGUAAAACUCCCAUGCAACAUCACCAGGUUAAUACUCCCUGCUCCGUCACAGCUCGGUUCAGCUGCCCAGCCCUGCCCACGGCUCAGGAGGCAGGCACGGGGACGGGCUGCCCAUCUGCUGUGCCGUGACGGGGUUUGCCUUCCCGUGCCACAGGGUGGCGCUGCAGGGGGCCCAGGGCAGCAUGGGCCUGCAUAGCCACGCACGAUGGGGUCUGCGCCCAUGGGGCGCUCCCAGCCCUUGCAGGGGAAGGGAACCCUGCUGAGCCCAGGGGCAUGCGGCUGUGAUGUGACUGGACCCUUUCCUGGCGCUGACAGUGCCUGGCCCAGCAGUCGAGCCCAUUGCCAGCCCCUCGGGCAGACAAGCCCCAGAGCCCAUGGUGCUGAGCCACCCAGGGCACGAGCAGCUCCUCUUGGCCGCUGGCUCAGCAUGGCCUCCUGAGGGCGGCUGGGGAUGUGAAAGGAGCCGGGGGCCCAGCAGCUGCAGGGAGGGGGGUGACGAGCUGGUGCCGGUGACUGUGUGUCUAGCUCUGGUGCAUAGGAAGGGAGAGACAGGGGCAGGGGCUUGGGCCCGUGACUCUUACACUCUGGGCACCCUGUCUGUGCCAGGCCCUGGGGCUGCAGCUGGCGGCUGGGCUUUCCUGGGGGCUGCUGGAGGCAGAGGAAGCUGCCGUGUGUCUCUGUCACAGGACGAGUUUCCCAUGCCCCAGCGGCUCUUAGACCAACUCCAGCUGGGCCAUCGCAGCCCCGCCAAGCCCCCGCCUCCCCACAUCUGCCUGCAGAGAGACACGCAGCCCUCCUCCCGCCCCCAGCUUCACCCCCAGGGCAGCAGGGAGCCUCUCCAUGGGCUGUGCCUUCCCCCCAACCCCCAGCGGCUGGGAGGGGCAAGGGCCAGGGUACGGUGUUUCUCUUGGACACUAGGGUGGCACCAUGCGGCGUAGGGACAUUGCUGCACCUUGAGCAGUUGGUACGAUUCCUUCCGCCCACCCCGUAGCCACUCCCUGGGGAGCUCCUGGAAGGGAAGUUGUACUCAUGCUGCCCCCACCCACUCCAGCUUGCAGCCUGGCCCCCAAUCAGCCCCUUGGCAGCUCACUAGUGUGGGUGAGGUCAGUCACCGGUGCUUCCCUGGGCAGCAGGGGCGCAGCUCCCUGGUGGGACUGCCAGCUUGGUGGGUGCCUGGCCAGCCUGCCCCCUGUUCCCAGAGUGUGGGGCACACAGGGGGUUAGACCAAGCCGGCCCUGUCCCUUGGGGGUUUGCAAAGGACGUUAAUUCCGGCAACAUGGUGAGGGCGUUUGGCCAUCUCUGCCCGGGCCAGGGGCACUGGGGUGUGUGCCCAGGAGCAAGGGGCAGCCCCAAAGCAGGAUUUUCUGCAUGCAGCGCCUGGCUCUGGCCAAACGAGGGUCUCGCGGGCAUGGGGCCCGUCUCUAGAGAGCCCCUGGGGCAGUGCAACGUAGGCAGAGCUCGCUGUUACCAGGUCAGAGCCCUCUGGCCCUGGAACGUGCUUUUAUAAACAGCAUGGAACCCUUCCUGAAGCAGCAGCAUGGUCUCUCGCAGCCCCCCAGGGCUUGCCCCCCCGCUGCUCUCCCCAGGGCAGCGGCCCAGGCCGGAGCUCAGCUCUGCCUGCUGGGAGCAGCCUGUUCCUGUGAGCAGGCCAGGAGAGUGCAGGGAGCCCUGCGCUCCAGACAGGUUCCAGCCCCCGCGGCCUCCCCACGGCUGUGCUGCCCCCACCCAGGCUUCGGAUCACUGCAGGGCAGCCCCCAGGGCUGGCAGAGGGAGGCCUGGUGGAGGGCAUGCAGCACGCUGGAGACCUGGGUGACGGUGAGGUGGACCCCAGCAUAGCUCUGCCUGCAACAGCAGCAAGGCCUCCAGCCCCGUCCCUGCUGUGCAGCUUGGGUCAACAUCCCCCCUCUCUGCACCUCAGUUUCCCUGGCUGCAGCCUGGGGGUGAGAACCCCUUUCAGCGGCCACCAGGGCAGUAGGUGCAAGGAGUAGUGAUGGUCCAGGCAUUAGAGCCUGUGCCCUUGGGGGGGAGAUGCCCCAGGGCACCUCUGAGCCCCUGCCCAGCAGAACCAGGCGGUGGAGCUGCUCCUGCCCCCCAUCACCUUGCUCCUGAGCCUGAGCCUCCCCCACCCGUGGGGGAACGGCUGUCUGGAGAAACCUUCCCAGGCUCCUUCCCCUCCCCUGGCCCCAGCAUUCCUGCUAAAAUUAGCUGCUGUCCCUUUCCGGCAACAUCUGACCUGCCCCAUCAGUCACUCGCUGCUUCCUGCCUGGGGGGGUGCGUGCACACUACUGGCGGUUCUGGGCUGGCUGCCAGCCGGGUAGGCUAGCCCGCUGUGGUUAGUCCAGCCAGCCACAAGCCAGGGCCAUGGGGUGGCUCCCAGCCCGCUGGGGUGGCUCCCAACCUGCUGGGGUUUGGGCUGCUUUCAAAGUCCAUGGCAAGUUACACACCCCUCCCCAGCCUCGUGACCCAGGGGCUGCCCUUCGCUCUGCACCCCAGCCAGCGCUGCUGUUUGUUCGGUGCCUUGUGUAAACACCCCAGGGCAUGUGGGGAUGCGCUUGCUGGAGCUGGCAAGGUGCCCCCCUGGGCCGCCACCCCCCCUCAGCCAGCAUGAAGGAGCCCCCCCAUGGCUCUCACUUCCAGCAGCUGGCACUGAUCCUGCGGCAGCCUAGAGCCACCUGCCUACGAUGGUGCAGUGCCACAUGGCACCAAGGGGCCGACCACUCAGCCUGCUGCAUGGGAACAGCUGGCUGCCGGGCAGCAAAGGACUAGGUCCCAGCCCAGCCCUAGGCGGGCCGAACAGCAGGAGCUGUGCUGAGCCUGGACAAGCCCAGAGCUGCCCCUACCAGGCCACAGCCUCGCUGCACGCUCCUGGGGCAGCCCUCAAGCAACAUUUCAGCUGCAGCCCCCCGCCUUUGAGUGUGUGGGAGAAGAGCGAAACCUUCCCCUGCCUGAGGACACAGCCCUGCUCUGCCCCAGCCCAAUGUACAAAAAUAGCUCAUUCCCACCAGGGCCCCCCGCCGCCAGCUGUAACAGGACCCAGAUGUUUUCCAGAUGUGCCCUGCCGGCCCCAGGGCGAGCAGGCUGCCAAGAAUGCAGAGAGGCUUGUGUCGACCUGCACCGAGCUGAUAAACAAGGGCAGGGGGCUGGGUGCCAGGUGGGGCCCCCCAGGGGUGAGGCCUCAGGGGGGCAGGGGUACCAGGCUGACAGCAAGGAGGAGAUGGGCUCUGCCAAGCCAGGACCCAGGAAGCAGCUUCCUGGGGAGGCUGCCGUGGAAAGGAGGGAGGUGGAAGGGAUGCCUGGAGCCUUUGUGGCAGAUCCAGAGGAGCAGAUGUGACUGCCCAGCCAGGAGGGGCUGGCGGGAGCCGGGAAAGCGCUAGGACACAGACUGCUCUUUAACCAGGCAAAGAAAACCCAAACUGGCCUCACCUGCGUAUUUCUCACCACCCCGCCCCGGACUGAGAAAUACAUGGCCUGGAGCUAACCUGAUGAGCUGGCCGGCAGCGAGCUCCUGGCUUUCAGGCUGACCUCUCCCCAGCACUUUGCCUGUGGCUGGACUGUUCCAACUCAGCGGGUCAGGGACCGGCUCUCCCCUCAAGUUUGUACAGCGCCUUGCACGUCACAGAUGCUGUCAACACUACAGCAGCCAGGCAGCAGCUAAGAUUUGUAUAAAAAUAGUUUAUUAAAAUUUUACACAUA